UUAGCCUUACAAGUAUGCGAUACUCUUUUCGCGGAAGUUGACGUUGUUAACAGCAGGGCAAACAUUUCUGAUCAUAUCCUUUAUUUAUAUUGAGAAUAACACGUCUAUAACCAAGAAGGUUUUCAGUUUCAUGCUAGAAUGUCAGACAUGUGGCCUGGGAAAUCUGGAUUCCUUGACUGAUGGCAGCUCUGGCAGUAUUUCGCCAUGCCAGCAGCAGUCCUCUGCUCUGGAGUUGGGGACCCGUUCUGUUUGCCCUCCUGGGAUCAGUUUGUGUUCUGUUGCUGCCUUUAGUGGGCAUAGAGGAGCAAUGCUGUGCCACACUGAAGGGUAUUGCUCUUUUGCGCUGCCAGCUGUGGGGGGGUGUCCAGCGGCCUGUGGUCCACACAACCAGCCUGACGAUCCCCUUCACAGCGCUAGACCUCCUGCCACAAAAACUCAAGCCCAGCAAAGAGACUCAGUUGGAGGCAAAGGCGGCUCUCCAGCAGGCUUUGGAGAUGAAGAAAAAUGGAAAAAGAGAGAAAGCUCAUAAGCUGCUUGUCCACGCACUCAACAUGAACCCUGAGUUUGUGGAUGCGCUCACUGAACUGGGAACUAUUCUGGAGGAAAAAGAUGUUGUCCAAGCUGACCACCUCUACACCAAGGCCCUCGCCAUCUCGCCCUGUAACGAGAAGGCUCUGGUAAGCAGGGAUCGCACUCUCCCUUUAGUAGAGGAAAUAGAUCAACGGCACUUUGGAAUCAUCGAUGGAAAGGUGCGACGUCUCAUGUCCAUCCCCAAGGGCAACUCUGCCUUGCGUCGGGUCAUGGAGGAGACCUACUACCAUCAUAUUUACCACACCGUUGCUAUCGAAGGCAACACGCUCACUCUAUCGGAGAUUCGCCAUAUUAUUGAGACCAGAUAUGCUGUUCCAGGUAAGAGUCUUCAAGAACAGAAUGAGGCAAUUGGUGUAGAUGUAGCCAUGAAGUACAUCAACACCACCUUGCUGUCCCGUGCUGGAGCGAUCACUGUAAAUGACAUCCUAGAGAUCCACCGGCGGGUUCUAGGCUACGCCGAUCCUGUGGAAGCCGGGCGAUUCCGUGCUAGCCAGGUGUUCGUGGGACAUCACAUCCCACCGCACCCGCAGGACUUAGACAGGCACAUGCAGGAGCUGGUGCAGUGGUUGAACACUGAGGAAGCGCUGCAUCUACACCCGGUGGAGUUUGCAGCUCUCGCGCACUAUAAACUGGUUUACGUGCAUCCGUUUGUGGAUGGGAACGGACGGACGUCCCGCCUGCUCAUGAAUUUGAUUCUAAUGCAAGCUAGUUAUCCACCGAUCACCAUUCGGAAAGAGCAGAGGGUAGAGUAUUACACCGCCCUGGAUACAGCCAACGAGGGUGACGUUAGGCCCUUUAUUCGAUUUAUUGCGAAAUGCACAGAAAUUACACUUGACACGCUACUGAUAGCCACAACCGAGCAUGCAGUUGGGCUGCCUGGGUCAAGUAAUCACGCCUGCCCUGACUGUAAACGCACCAUACCUGUGCAUAGCUGAAAGAUGUGUUGGUAGAUGGGAAAAGAUUGCACAUGCAUGUAAUUGAAGUGCCAUAUGGUCCAUAUCAGCCUCUGAAAUAAAUCAUUGUCUAACCUUA